UUCUUCAGCUUAGCUCGCUUAGUGUGUGGGUUGGCUUAUUUGGUUUCAGAGACAACUCUGAGAAACAAACAAGACCCAAAAUCAAAACCAUGACGGAUUAUGAACAAGAACAGGAGAUGGAAAUUGAGGCAUUGGAGGCAAUACUCAUGGAUGAUUUCAAAGAAAUUCACUCGGGAGAGAGUGGGUUAAAUGCUACCAAGAAAUGUUUUCAGAUAACACUAUCUCCGCUGGAUGAUGAGGCAGAUGAGUUAACUACGGCUCCAGUUCAGCUGGGUUUGAUCUUCUCACACAUGGAAAAAUAUCCAGACGAGCCUCCACUCUUGAACGUGAGAAGUAUACGAGGGAUACACGGAGAACAUAUCAGAAUUUUGAGAGAAAAGCUUCAGCAAGAGGCAUAUGAAAAUCUUGGUAUGGCUAUGAUCUAUACGCUAGUUACAUCAGCUAAAGAAUGGCUUUCUGAGCAAUAUGGUCAAGACACUAGUAUUGAGGAUGCUAUAGCAGCAGAAGAAGCAGCAAAGGAUGACAUAAUUGUGCCUCAUGGAGAACCGGUUACUUAUGAAACAUUUCUGGCAUGGAGAGAAAUGUUUGAAGCAGAGUUGGCACUUGAACGAGCCAAGUUAAUGCCCGAGUCUGCACUUUCAGCUCCCAAGGAAAAGAGGCUCACAGGCAGACAGUGGUUUGAAACUGGAAGAGCUGCAGCGAGAGGUGCAGCCACAGCCGCAGAAGGCUCUGAUGAAGAAGAUGAUGAAGAUAUUGACUUCGAUGAUGAGGACUUUGAAGAUGAUGAAGAUGAUAUGCUUGAGCACUAUUUGGCAGCUGAAAAAUCCGACUCAUCCUCCCACUCUUCCAGGAGAGCAGCUAAUUGAACUCUUGAAACAAUAGCGUUGAUGAAGAAUGUACUCACUUUUGGGUUGUCUUGGUGUUUAUCCUGUGCCUUACCUUUAUCCUCAAUUGAAAGAGGAGAUGGAGGUCUGUGACUGUUAUUCCUCAUAGAUAGCCCACAGAGUGGAUUUUGAUAUCAGAAAACAAUUGCUUUAUAAUUGAGAACUGAGAAGCAUGUAGUUUUUGCCUUUUUGGUGCGGAGUAUUAUUGACUAGAUAUCUAUAAUACCAAUACAAUUAUGAUUUUCAUC